GCGGCGGCGGAGGACUGGCGGUGGCAGGGACGGCUGCAGAAAGGAAUUAGUCUUUAGGUGAAGGAUUAAUAGUUUUGGAUUAGAGAGCCGUCCCCGCCACCGGUCCUUUUGCCUCUGCCGCCUUCCCCUUGCUGUCCGCGUCUCGUGCUGCCGGAAAACCACCCUGUUGCUUGUCUUUUUCGCCACCACUUCUCUGCACUAAGCCACCGCUGCCGCUUGCUCUCCCACAAAAAUCAUGGAAACAACAAGUGAAUUAGUUUCUCUAUCUCAUCCCUGGCUCCUUAUUCGUUACAGUAAGGAUGAAACAAACAUAAAAGAGGGAAAUAUUUUGUUCAAUGUAUCUGACAAUAAAUAUUACAAAGACAUCAUUCCAGAUGUGCAAGAUAAAGUGGUAUGCACUAGUUUUGGAGGAUGGUUUAUGUUGAAAGACGACAACGAAUCAAAAGAUUAUUGUCUCUUGAAUCCUAUAUCAGCAAAGAGACUUGAGCUUCCGUCUUUAGAAUGUGGUGGAGAUAUCUAUUACAUAUUAUCAUCGUCCCCACUUAAUUCUAAUUGUUAUGUCUUGUGUAUUAGCAAUUGGGAGAAGGCAAUAUGGUUUUGUCAACCCGGUGAUGAGAAAUUUACCAAGCAAGAAACUUUUAAUUCGUUGUAUUCUCCGACAAUGUUUCAAGGAAAAUUGUAUUGUGCAACCGGACGCUAUCAACUGGUUGCUAUAGAUUUUAAAGGGUUGGAGCUUGAAUUCACCACAAUUAGUACGGAGCAUGAUCAUUUUGAUAUUUAUGGUAAUACAUUAUUUUCAAGAAUGUUGAACCAAAACUAUCUGAUUGAAUUUCAUGGCGAGCUCUUAUAUGUUUCUAAGGUUUACUAUGGGUUUUAUAAUGGUGACGUAGCGACAUUUAUCGUUUCUAAAUUCGACUUGUCAAGAAAUCGGUGGAUGAAAAUGGAUACAAUUGGGAAUUGGGCAAUAUUUCUUUCUUUGGAAAAGGGAACAUGUUGCAUUGCAGAAGAAAAAGCAGGUGUGAAGAAAAAUUCAAUUUAUUUUUUAGAUAAACAGGAUGAUGGAUGUCUUUAUAUUUAUGAUAUAGAGGACGAUAGUGUGUCAAUGUCUUUAUGUUGUGGAGAUAUACAUGAAUCUGAUAUAAUGGGAUUUGAGUGGAUAAGAUUCGUUGAUCAGUAAAUUCUUUGUAUUCCUCUUAAUUCCUAGUUAGCUCUUAAUAAA